UAAUGUGAAGUGUUGCAGUUCGCUUUAAGAGAACUCCAAAAUGAAAAGUUAUCGGGGUCGUCGGAGGAGAAGUUUGUCCUCGGAAUCUGCGAAGCUUAAUGCAAGGUCUUUCAUUCACUUGAAAACACCACCAGUGACAACAGAGUUCAGUGUGAACUCUAAGCUCACGGCAAGAAAUGCCAGCACUUACACGUUGCUGGAGCCAAAGAGAACUAUUGUUAGUAAAGAGAACUAUGACAGACGGAAAGAACAAGUGAACUCCAUGGGAUACAAGACACCGUCGCACAAGCCGUAUGCGAGCAUCGGUGGAGAACCAAUACUGGACGAUGAGAUGCUUGUGCGCCUCACCCUGGGUCAGCCGAAAGAAUCAGAUGUACAUGGAAACCUGCAGAACCAACGGGGUGAUUAUGAAUUCGGACCUGACUUCAUGAAGUCUCUUCACUCAAUGAAGAACGUAUUUGCAGCAUCUUCAAGGUCAGCUUUGCAUAAGAAGGACGCGAAAAGUAGAGUAAAAGGAGCGGUUCCCGCCUCGACGAUGCAGCGACGUGAAAAGGAUCGGGAAAAAGGAAAAAGACCGCAGUACGAUCCGAACCAGUUAAAGACCAGAUUAGCUUCUGGUAGGAGAAGUGUUAAAAGUGUAUCUUGUCUGGGUAAGAGUUGGUUCGAUUUGAUGGAGUCCGAAAAAGAACAGGAUCAGUCUCAAAUCUUCGAUAAAUCAAGAGUUAGCUCAGCUAAUUCAAGUAUGUAUGGACGAAAGAAUGUGAAAAAAGCUAGCAGACCAGAAAGUGAAAUGCGCGAUUUGAGCGACAGUGAAGUAUCAUACAUCGAGGAGCUGGAUUUCGACUCUUCGGUUUUGUUUAGUAAAGAAAAUAAUGUCGGAAAUGAGAGAUUAGUUCCGAUAGGUGAAGUGAAUGGGGGCAAAAAACGUGCUACUUUUUCGGCUAAUUUGAUCAAAAGGUACAUGCGAGCGAGUACAGCUAAGAGCACUUUAGGAGGUAUGAACACGGCAGCAAAUACUACAGCUCUAAGUAAUUAUAUGGAUGAAGAUGUUGAUUACAGUGACAAUUCCGAUGACAAUGGAAGCUUUGACGAGGGUGAAGUUUCUAUUGUUGACCAGACAUCUAUGAUUGAUUUGAACUCCACAGCAGGUUUGCCGGAGUUUCGGGAGACCGCUUCUGUUGUUAAGAAACCUAAAUCGGGUCUCGUGUUCAGAGCAUUCACACCUAGCUUGAACAUUAAUCAGAAAAUGAAUGAGCACACAGCUCUGACGAUUGGGCGGAGAGAUUGUGAGACAGGUCCAUUCACAAUAGAGGAGCGAGACGAAGUGCUGUAUCGGCAAUUAUGUGUACUUUUGUGGAUCUUCAAUAACUUGACUGUGGAGCCAAACUUCAAAUAUACUCAGAUUGCUACCUGCUUUAGUCAGGUAAAUCCAGGUGGUCGAAAAAUACCCAGGUCAAAAAUUUUGAAGGAAAAAGCCGCUGAAAAACAGUGGGAAAGAACUAUUCUAGACAUCAAACCAAGGGCUAAAAAGGCGACAAUGUUUGGACUUAAGUCAGCUCUUGCGUCAAACAUCAAAAGUGAAAGCGGAGCAAAAAAUCAAUCUGAAAGUCACAUCGGGACAAUAGCUUCGAGGCCCUUCUCAGCAAGUUCCCAAAAUAGUUCCAAUGUGUCUUUCGCAGAAAAGUCUAGCGUCAGAAGUCGGCAAUCUUUGAGCUCCGCAGCGACGAACGAAGUGAAACACGAAUCUAUCCUCGAUAAGAUUGGACUGACUGAAGCUAUUGUGGAGGAAAUUGGUGAAGAUGAUUUUGACUCACUCGCUAGUCGCCCUCACAGUCGAAGCUCCGUACAUACGCUAGACAAAUCACAGAUUUGUAGCCGACCCCAAUCAUCUUCAGCUGGUAUAAAAGACUCAAACAAUACUUUGCACAUUCCAGCGCCUCUGUUCGUAUCAUCGGCAGAAUCCACAGUGCGUAUACCUCUAGAUCACUUGACUGAAGAUGAACACGAGCAAGAUGAAGCUGAUAUUUCUGGAUCCUAUAUCAUUGGGGGUUUUCAAGAUGUCCCGGGAACUGCGAACACUGUUGACACAACUGGCGAUGACGCCACAAAAGCAGACAGUGCAAAGGAUGAUUCGCAAAACGAUAUGGAUGCAGUAGAUGGUGGUAGUCCUCAAGAUAUUAAAAGAGAGUCAGAGAAAAUCGAAGCAGAAACUGCACUUGGAAACGUAGAAGAAGCAAGUCACUUUGAAUUGGAGAAAAAGAAGAAAGUUAAGUCUACGAAGAAGGUUGAGUUUACGCCAAAUGACCCAGAAGAUGGUUUUAGUUCAUCCGUUUUAGCUGAAAAUGCGGGCGAAGUGCCGAUCAGAAUGCGAUCUUUCUGGAAUCAAAUCAAAUUGGAACAGGGUCUCCAGAUGCGAGAUGUGCUGGCACAGCAUAGCAGAGUGCGAAAGAAUGUGUCCAAGGCCAAAUUGAAUGCAAUUGGACAUGCAUUAAAUGCAAGGAAGAGUACAAACAUUGAGUUAUAUGCUGCGUUGAAGCAAGUCCGAGAGUCAGCAAAUGAAAUAUAUAAGCAGGACAGAGAAGCUCAAGAGCAAUAUGUUGAUUGGUAUUUGGCACUUGUGGCUAACCUACCCUCAUCUUUUGGCUCAAAGCGGCUCGGGUCAUCAGGAGCUACCGGGUCCUGCAGUGAGCUUGUGAUGAAAUCCGUCCCCGCGCAUCAUGACAGAAUCCUGGCCCGAUUCGAGGAGUUAGGUCGCGUUGGUGCAGUUCCCUCGCGACUCAUCACUGGCGCUGCUCUAAGGAGGUUCCUUCUAGACGAAGCCAAAUUGAGAUCAUGGGAGCUGUGUGACCCUAAUGUGAGGCCGGCUAUAGAUUUUUUCUGUGAGCAUGUAGCAAAUUUACCCAAAACGGAAUUCCUGGACUGGUUGGCUGCUUACAGUCCUCACUUUGCGGCAUUGGAGAGCUACACGAUGUGCAAAAUGAAGGAAGAAGUCGACAAAAAACAGAAGGCGCAAAUUAGAACCAACUAGAAUUGAUUGAAUUAGCAAAUUGAAUAAAUAAAUGUAAAAAGUGAAAUAAAUGUAAAAAGUGUUAUAUUUUAGAUUGUAUAGUUUUGUAGAUGUUAAUAGAUUGGAAUAAAUAAGAAUAAGUCGUACUUAAU